AUGCCCUUAAUGGCUAGCAUCCAGCAUUCUAUACUCCUCAUACUCUUCUCCACGCACACUUACGCCCUCGUAACAACAACCCCACUACAAUCCCAAGACAAUUCAGACAAUCCAUGGUCUACUGAAGCCAUCCUAGGCCUAGCAGCUAUUGUAGUAGCAGUCAUAUGCUGCAUAGUUAGUCUUGCCUGUCCUACAGUCUUCCAACGAUAUAGAUGGCGUCGUGCUUCCCAAUCACUGCUUCCACAGUCGGCAUAUGUGCCUGGUUCUUUCGGCCAGCAGCCCUGGCUGCAGCACCCCGUGAUCGCGCACCACCACUACUACGUCCGUGUUGACCGGGCGGAUAUCCUGAUGGGGGGGGAUUCGUGGAGCAUCAUCUCACUGAUACUGAAUUCUAAUACUGAUCACCACUGUCAGCCGCUACUGCUACUCGCUACUUCCCCCACUCUACUAUUCGUGAUAAGCUACGCUGAGCGCAAGGAGCAAAGCACACCAUCACUACCUAGACCCGCGUCGCAAGCCGGAAGCCACCACGAUGAACCGGUUCCAUCUAACAGUGUAACAAGCCUGUCGGCAGCAGGAGUGAGGAAGUCGAGUCGUGCUUAA